CGGAUGUGGCCAAGUGUUCAGACAAAAGACUGAGAGAUCAGAAACGGUUGAACACCUGAAUUUAGCAAAAUCAGACUUCAUUUUCAGUUUUCUGCCAACAGACAGUCAACCAAAGAGCAAGAAUUAGGAUCCUGAGGACUUUCUUCAACGCUUUUUCAAGUAAAUUCAAAUCAGGAUUUCCGGUUUUUGAAAACAUGUCUGACAAUCAACAAAAGGACCAAGUAAUCCUCUGCGACAUGUGUAUAGAGGACAGGAAACCAGCACGAAAGACCUGCAUGAAAUGUGAGAUCUCCAUGUGUGUCCAGCACCUGCAGGCCCACCUGACCACACCUGUGUUACUACAAACUCAUCCUCUGACUGAACCUAUGGCUUUAUGUGGCACCACUAAAUGCCCCCAACAUGGAAAACUCCUGGAGUACUACUGCUUGGAUGACAUGACCUGUGUUUGUGUUUCCUGUGCCAUUGAAGACCAGCACCGCCUACACAAUAUGAAGACCUUCUCCACCGCCCACAAAGAUCUCAUGAAAAAGUUUGAAGGUGAGAAGAAGGCCUUACUGGUGAAAACUGAUGACAAGAAUGUGAGUCUGGAAAAGUGGGAGAAGAGUGAAAGAGAGAAGCUGGGUCGUUGUAGUGUGCGUCUCAUUGAGGCUGUGACUAACCUGCGUGAUAUUUCACUGACCAGCAUCCAAAGUUCAGUCUCUGCUCGUAUGGUGGCCAUCAAAACCAGCAAGAGCAGCAUGCAAGCAGCGCAGAACGAGAAGGAUACCUUCAGAUUCCUGCAGAUGUAUUCACAGGUACACCAGGAUGUGGAGAAGGCCAAGGCUGUGGAUCUGAGAAAAGGGCUGGAGCCUGGCAGCGAUCGUGACAAACUAGUCCAGGAGAUCAGGCAGAAUGGUGAAAAAAUGGUGAAGCAAGCAGGCCAGUUCUGGGGAGCUUUGUUGACUCUGGUUGAUCCAGAAAACCACCAGGAGCUCUUCACCACUGGUUCAGACCUGAUCUUUGAGCCGCAGAUUUUUGGCCCCAGCAUUUCACUGUCUAAAGACAACAGGAAGGUUUUCUACAACAGUUGGAUGGGGCAAUGCGCUGCCACUUUCCUCAUCCGUAGCACCCAAUCGGUUCCUAACUAUCAGAGGUGGCUGGUCAGUCUUCCCAAAGAGUCUGAUUGGAUCAUCGGUUUAUGUGACAAAAAGUCUGCACGAAACUUGAGGGGUGGACCUGUCUACGGUCUUUGCUGCAAAGAUAACCAGCUCAGCUCUCUCACGACAGAGUAUGAAGAUAAUUGUGAUGUAUCAUCCAAUUCAAAAGCUUUUGGGAUGCAGACAGGAGAAAACACCGAAACAGAGAAACAACACAGGGUUUCCUCUGCAUUAAUCACACAUCAGGGGGGAAAUGGAGAUGAGGCCGUACCACGACCUGAAAUGGUGGAAGUGUUUUGGAGCUUUCUUCCUUCCUCACUGUCGUUCUUCAGAAGAACCAGACAGCACCAGAGGGAAGAAAUACUCACAAUUAAGAUGGGUCUUAACAACUGGGACCUAGCCCCCUUUGUUCAACUGGGACCAGAAAAUGCCCAAAAUAGCGGAGAUUGGUCCAAUCAGCAAUGGAGGUGCCGCUGUGGGACAAGUCAUUACAGGGAUGUCAAUAGAUACAACCAAUCAAUGUCCCAGCAAUCUCAGAGGCCUAAAUGUUCCUGUGGAGAAAUUAUUGGUGGCCGGUUCAUCACAGAAGUGGUUUGUGAGCUUCUGUAAUUCGUGGGACCUCACUGAUCAUUGCUAAUCAUUACACAAAGCUAAGAAGUGCAUGAGUAUAAAUCUCACUGAUUAGUGUUAAGUUGAUGUCUAAUGAAAAUUAUAGUGCUGUCAGUGCAAGUAUCAGUAAUAAGCCCAUGAGGUGAUUUUUUUAUCAUACACCAUGGGCAAUGUAAUAUCUUGAGCUGAAUAUCUUUUAAUCGUAGCAAUAUUAAUUAGUUUGUUUGGAGUGUUGCUUGCUAAUGUACACAACGUUAUGUUAUAUAUAUAUAUAUAUAUAUAUAUAUAUAUAUAUAUAUAUAUGUUAUAUUAUGAUUUAACUCAACUUUUUUCUGCCUGCCAGUUUAAGAUGUUUGUCUCCAUCUACUGG